GAGGAAAGGUGUGCGAGAGGGUGAAACGAAACUCCUAAGAUCCGCUCCUUCCUCAGCACUCCAAAGACCCAGAAUUCAUGGAAUUCCUUCCAUUUUUUCAUACCACGAUUAAAGGAUCCUUCCUUUAUAUCAUUUUCUUCUCAGGAAAGACGAGAAUGACUCAAGAAAAGCAGCACGAACAGAAGUCAGGAACAGAUUUCUCACCUUGACCACCUUGUUUUUUUUGACCGACGUGGGCGCUUGUGAAACCCGUAACCUUGGUGCGAAUGCCGCGAAACGCACGAGGGGCUUUCCCUGUCUUGCUUUCUGUCUGUCUGUCACAUCUGUCGCUGUUCGGCACCGCAAAGCUCUUGUAACCUUGGAGGAAUGACUGUGCCGAAAGGAAGUGACUGGUGUUGGUGGGGCUGUGGUUCAUCACAGAUGCUCUCAGACUUGCUGGUCCCUCUCUGGGAGCAUCAGAGCAAUGGGGUCCAAUGGAAGUGAGGCGGAAGGAGCCCAGCAACAAACGGGUGAAGCCACUGUCUCGGGUCACGUCCCUGGCUAACCUCAUCCCUCCUGUCAAAGCUGCACCACUGAAACGCAUUGGACAGACACUGCAGCGCUCCAUCAGCUUCCGCAGCGACAGCAGGGCGGAGAUCGUUCCUCAUCGGCCAUGGAGCCGACAGGCCCCGCCCACAAUCACCAAGCGCCGCGACAGCAAACUCUGGAGCGAAACCUUCGACGUCGGCCUGGGGCAGAUGCUCUCCUCCAAAGAGAUCAAACGGCAGGAGGCCAUCUUUGAGCUGUCUCAGGGCGAGCAGGACCUGAUUGAGGACCUCAAGCUGGCCAAGAAGGCCUACCAUGACCCCAUGCUGAAGCUGUCCAUAAUGACGGAGCUGGAGCUCAAUCAGAUAUUCGGCACCCUGGACUCCCUCAUCCCGCUGCACGAAGAUCUGCUCAGUCGACUCAGAGAGGCCAGGAAACCAGAUGGGUCUACAGAUCAUGUGGGACACAUUUUAGUGGACUGGCUGCCCUGUCUGGACUCCUACAACAGCUACUGCAGUAACCAGGUGGCCGCCAAAGCCCUGCUGGACCACAAGAAGCAGGACCACAGAGUUCACGACUUCCUGCAGCGCUGCCUGGAGUCGCCCUUCAGCCGCAAGCUGGACCUGUGGAACUUCCUGGACAUCCCUCGCAGCCGACUCGUCAAAUACCCGCUCUUACUGCGGGAGAUCCUCAAACACACAGCCAACGAUCACCCGGACCGCCAGCACCUGGACGAGGCCAUCAACAUGAUCCAGAGCAUCGUGGCUGAGAUUAACACUCAGACCGGCGAGUCGGAGUGCCGCUACUACAAAGAGCGUCUGCUCUACCUGGAGGAGAGCCAGAGGGACAUGCUGAUCGACAGCUCGCGCAUUCUCAGCUGCCACGGGGAGCUGAAGAACAACAGAGGAGCUAAGCUCCACGUGUUCCUGUUCCAGGAUGUUCUGGUCAUCACGCGUGCCCUCACCCACAACGAGCAGCUCUGGUACCAGCUCUACAGGCAGCCCAUACCUGUGAGGGACCUGGAGUGGGAAGACCUGCAGGAUGGGGAGAUUCGGCUGGGGGGCUCCAUCAGAGGAGCAUUCAGCAACACAGAAAGGACCAAGAACUUUUUCCGGGUGACGUACCGCAGCGGGGGGCAGCUCCACACGCACUCCUUCCAGGCCAGCGACGCCUUCAACAAGCAGCAGUGGCUGAACUGCAUCCGGCAGGCCAAAGUAGCGGUGGGCCCGGAACCCCCCAGGAGUCUGCCGCAGUCUCCCUCAGGGCUUACGGCGCCCUCUCAGGACAAAACGGAGGAGCGCAUGGACCAAAGCGACAGCGACUCCUCCGACUGUAGCAUGGACACUAGCGACCCGGGCGGAGAGGCGACGGAGCCCAGUGACUGCCCGCUGAUGGAGCACACGGACUUGAUUGGUACACCUGUGGAAGUGUGAGGAAGAUCAUGAUGUACUGUACUGUAACGUGGACUAUUUAACUCGCUGUCAUCUCCGCUCGCUCACCAAGCAAAAACUUGUACAGUGUUGUUGUCAGAAGACGUGGAGAAGCUGUGGUGAAGUCACAGUGUGGUGAACUUCAGUGGAAGAGUGUAGAGGCCACACUUUCUUUCUUUCCUUCAAACUUUCUGUUCUGUUCCUUGUGUUCCUUCUUUUGCACCUCACUUCUUUUCACUUUUCACUUUUCUUUCUCUGGUUUGAUUUUGUGCCUUUCUCUUUCUCACAAACACACACGUGGUGCGUUCACAUGUGUGUGUGAACCUAGUUCUCUGGUGAAAGACUGUAAAGGGUCCUAAAUAUCUCUACAGUGUCUCGUCCUGUGGUUUAUAUUUUGUCUGUCUAAGAGCUGAAAACUCAAGAUGGCACCCUGUUUGACCUUCUGUGUCUGUGUCUGUGUGUGUGUAUAUAUAUAUAUAUAUUUUUUCUUUUCUUUUCUUUUCCUUCUUCACCACUUUUUUCUUCCCAUGCACAGCCUACUUUUACUUUUCACACCAAACUGCUUGGUCUACCACCACUCCCACACCUGCUCCCUGUUCCACUGCACUAUUACUACUACUACUACUACUUGUGGCCUCUGAGAGGAAAGAUUCAGAUUCUAUUUAAAGAUGUAUUAUAUUUAUGUUGAUGAGCGUGUUGCGUCUGCCGUAAAUCACCCAGACAAAACGACCAGCGGAAUGUUUUCACUGACAAUCAAGAACGUUUGGAGUUGGAGGGCGUCUCGCAGUGUUCUUCUCGUGACGUUUCUACUGUGAUCUGAGAGGAUCAGAAGCUACACAGAGACUGACAGACGGACGGAUAUUGCGUACCAGGAAUACAGCAUAGAAGAAGGCAGCAUUAUAGGUAAUAAUGAUCGUUACCGGCAGUGUCUGGCUAGAAUUGUCCUGGUGGAAUGUGGACUGAAUGGACUCACGAAGAUCGAGAUUGUACGCACCGAGCUGUGGCCAGUGCCGUUCUUGCCGUUCCUUUUUUAUUGCUGUUAUUGCUGUUCCUACAGAACUGCGACAGUGACAAUCUAUCAACCUGGAUGGACGGAUGGAGCCAGAACAUGGAAACAAGCCUCCUGUGAAGCACUUUGAGAAGUUUAACAAACAACAAAAAAGCAAGCAUCCUUAGAUGAUUAUUCUGGAAGAUAUUCAAUCCACAGCUUGGAUAAUCCAUGGUUUCCUCAAUCAUGGUUUCAGAUCGAGCAUCUAGACAACAGACAGAUAUACAGACAGACAAAUAGACAGAAGGACGGAUGGAUGGAUGGAUGAAUGGAUGGAUGGAUGGGCGCUAGGUGUUUUUGUUGCUUGUCAUGUUGAGAUAUAUGCGAACAUAUAGUAUGAGCUUGUGAACCUGUGUGAUCAGCCCAUAUUUAUAUAUACAUAUAUAUUAUAUAUGUAAUAAUGUGGCAGCAGCAAUUUAUUUUUUAUUUUGUAAAAAAAACAAAACAAAACCUGUAGCACUCGGUGUAAAAAAAAAAAAGUCGUGUGCCAUGUGACUCCGCAGAGCAGCAGUCCACGUCGUCGUCUUUUACUGGGUGGUGUUUUUUUUUUUGUUCUUGUUGUGUAUGAGUGUGUUGUGAGUUGAGAGUGUAUGAAAUGUGUGUGUGUAUGUAUGUAUGUAUGUAUGUAUGUGUGUGUGUGUGUGUGUGUGUGUGUGUGUGUGUGUGUGUGUGUGUGUGUGUGUGUGUGUGUUUGUUUGAGUGCUGAAACCAGUGUUUGGUAUGGCAUCAUAUGAUGAUCAUCAUCAUCAUCUUCAUCAUCAUCUAUGGCUGCACCUCAAAAAAAAAAAAAAAAAAAACUAAGCAAAACCGAAUCCAUUGCCAAAAAGUGUUUAAAACGUUUUUAAAUCGAGAAAAGUUCGUGCGAGUCCUUCGAACGUACGUGGGGUUAGUUUUCGUAUUGUCACGCGUUUGAGGAAUCCACGUUCGCCAGGUUAAUAAUCACUAUUAAAAUGUUAAAAUCCGUGAAACAGAAAAAGCAGUAUAUGGUUUUUAACGUCUUCUUUAUUUUUUCAAAGAAAUGUAUUUAAAAAAAAAAUCGAUGCAGUAGGAUGAUGUUUAUUUAUAGCUUUGUUUUUUUUCACCUGCCCUAAAUAUUGCGUUCUGUUAUCAGGGGUUGCUCACGGAAAAAGGAAGUGUAGGAAGUAUUACUGGAGGUAAACGAGUGGAAUGGUUUGGAAUUCGAGUGAUGGAUCUGAGGUGAUUUGGGGGGGAAAAGAUCUCAGAGAGUAUUCUUAUAGCCAUACUGAGAGAGGGUUUGGAAAGUAACAGCAUGUUUAUACUGAUGGAAAGGCUGGAAUUCGCUGGAAUGUGUGUAAUGUUGAAAGUAUAAAAUAAAUGAUUUUAAAAAAUA